CGUCCUCGUUCGGUUAAGAUCGUUCUUCGUUUAUACUUAUAGUUAAACAAAAUGGACUUAUUAGUGAUUCGUUAUUAUAAUAUUAAUCGAUUACUUUUAUUGGUUAUCGGUUCUUGGCCAAUGAUUAAGAAGUCGCCUAUAAAUUCAUUUAUACAAAUGAUACAAAGUUUUUUUAUUUAUAUUAUUCUUGCUUCGUCUGUACUCGUUCAGAUAUUCAAACUCAUCACUUCUGAGCCUACGCUCGAUCUUUUCGUGAACGUUUCUUCUUAUGCGUUUCUUUGUAUGGUAUACCUUGGGAAGUAUGGUUUUUACAUGUUUCACCUUGGAAACAUAAAGUGUCUUAUCAUACGAAUUCAACGUAAUUGGAAUUUAUUGAUCGAUGAGAAGGAACGCGAAAUCAUGGAAGAAUAUACGCAAAAGGGAAAAAAAUUUACUUUCAUCUGUUUGUUUUUAUCCUGCUUUACGAUUAUUUUACUACUGAUUUGGACAAGUUUUUUGUUUAUUUCCGAUAUACUCGUACCAUUAAAUGGAUCUCAUCGACUGGAAUGUCCAUUUGUAGCGGAAUAUUUUAUAGACCAGGAAGUUUAUUAUUAUCCUAUUUUAUUGCAUAUGUAUACGAUAUUUCUCGUUGGACUGACUGUUGUUAUUGCGACUGAAGCAUUUUAUGUUAUAAUCGUGCAACAUGCCUGCGGUCUUUUUCAUAUUGUUGGAUAUCGUUUUGAGCAAGUAUUUAAGGAGAGUACUUUAAAUUCUAUUUCAUUAUCGAGAAAAAGUCUUGAAAUCAACUACUUGAUCAUUCGUGCUAUUAAUUCGCAUCAAAACGCUAUCAAGUUCGUCGAUCAUAUGAAUUCCUGUUUCUCAAACUCCUAUUUCAUGUUAAUAAUUUUGAGCGUCAUAUCUUUAAUUAUGAAUUGCACUGACAUUUUACAAGCUAUGAAUUCGAAUAAGAAUUAUAAUCUUGUCAGUGCUUCUGCUCGUAUACUUAAUGCUUUUGUACGUAUCAUUAAUAUCAUUUGUUAUCUGUUUGGUGUAUUUUAUUGUGGACAGAAACUUAUAGAUUGUAGUAUUAAUAUUUUAGAACAAGCAUAUACUAUACCUUGGUAUUUAGCAUCUUCGAAGAUAAAAGUUUCAUUAAUGAUGGUCUUGCAAAGAAGCUUGAAGAAAUCCACUUUGUUUCUUGGCAAUUUAUUUCCUAUGUCAUUCGAAUUAUUUGGAACGAUCUUAAAAUCAACAUCUUGUUACAUUACAACACUUCAUGCAUUACAAUAUUGAUUAGAACAAUUGUAAUGUAGAGUAUGUAAAAAUUAAGUUGUCAUAUGUAUGUGUGUAUAUAGAUACAUACAUACAUACAUAUAUAUUUAUAUAUACAUAUACAUGCGCACAUAUAUGAUCGAACGCACGUUUGCAUUGAUAAAAUUUGAUUGACUAUUUCAAUAUUCAACUAUAUAUUCACUACAAUGUUGUUUAAUUUUAAUUUGUAUUAGAAAGUAAAAAUAAUAGAUUUCACAGCAUUAAUAUUUUUGUGAAUUUCCCAGAUAAUCGAUAUGAAUACGUUGUAUUGGUAAUAAUUAAUAUACUUCAAUACAACUUUAUUACAUCGAAUCGUUAUCUAUUACAUACAAAACAAUUUUUUAUUUCAACGAGACCACGUUCUUUUGUGAUUUCUUCGUCUACUGUGUCGGUCAAUGAUCUUCCACGUGUUUCCGGUAGCAUCAUAGAGAGUAGACCGGAUAGGAGAGCGCAAAAAGCACAUAAAGUACUAGGUGCCCACCAAGCAAUGACACCUAAUAAAUCAGCGACGUAGGGAGAUGAUAUGCUACCUACAUGAGACAUUGCUGAGCUGCUACCAACCGCAGAAUUUCUUGUAAUCUUUUUUUUUUCUUUUUACCGUAGGAAACAACUCUGAAGUAUAUAGUAUCAUAAUGCUGUAGACGGCAGAUAAUACAAAUCUUCCUGUUAGAGCGACGAUUAUUAUAGUUAGAGUUUUCGUAGCUGGUAUUAUAAGAAUACUGAAUAAAAGCAAUGCCGUUAAACUGUACAUUAUAGCACAAGCUUGUCUUCGUCCCAAAUAAAUUAGAAUGGGCGUUGGUAUCAAGUAAGCUGGUAUUUCGGUGAUACCCAUCACAAAAAUGUAAAGGUAACGAUCAGCUGAGAAAUUGUCUACAUUUAAUGCUAAAAAAGAAAACAUAAUAACAUAUUCAACAAAUCAAAAAUUGGAAUAAUGUUUUGUACAGGUAAGGAUUGUCGAUGAUUAAUAUUACCUAAGGCAUAAUAAGUGAGCGAGGCUGUAAGCCAUGCGAAAUUUGUGAUCAUUACUCUUUUUAACAAUUCAUAGUUAAAGAGAAUAAUAACCAGCCCUUUUAUACUGUUCUUUAAUUUAUGCCCUUGAGUCGAGGAAUUUGACACUUCCGUUUCUUCCAAUUGAAUUUGCAAUAUAGGCUUAUGCGCAGUCGUUGUAGAGUUAGUGCUUGUUUUAUAAACAGGUCCGUGAUAUUUCUCGAUCACUUUCUGGGCUUCUUUUAAACGAUUUUGUGAUAAAAGCCAGCGCGGUGAUUCUGGCAUUAGCCUGACGAUCAAAAUUUACAAAAAAGUAUCAAAAUAUAAAGGAUAUAUCUUUGAAGUUAUAUCAAUCACAUUAUGUAUCAUUACCAUAUAAAAAGAAGCAUAAUUAAAGCUGGCAAUGUCGAUGCCAAUUGUUUGUAUCGCCAAUCAUAUAAUCCGUAUGCUAUACUAGCCAUAAUUGCUGUUCCUACAGGAUAUCCAGCGUUAUAUGCUACACCCAUCCAUUGUCUAUGCUUUUCACCGGCUAUUUCGGUUA